ACACCAUGGAGGCUGGCUCGGUGGUCCGUGCUAUCUUCGACUUCUGCCCAAGUGUAUCUGAAGAACUGCCCCUCUUUGUGGGAGACGUCAUCGAGGUGCUGGCGGUGGUCGAUGAGUUCUGGCUUCUAGGAAAGAAAGAGGAUGUCACAGGACAGUUCCCCAGCAGCUUUGUGGAAAUUGUGACGAUCCCCAGUCUGAAAGAAGGGGAGCGGCUACUCGUCUGCACCAGUGAGUUCUCGUCCCAAGGAGCCAACAGUCUUUCCCUCCAUCGAGGUGACCUGGUGAUUCUUGAUGGCUCUCCCACUGCUGGCUGGCUGCAGGGUCGAAGCUGCUGGGGUGCACGGGGCUUCUUCCCAUCUUCCUGCACCCGUGAGCUCUGCCUCUCUUCACAAAGCCGCCGGUGGCACUCACAGAGCGCCCUGCUUCAGAUCCCUGACUAUUCCAUGGGACAAGCGCGGGCCCUGAUGGGGCUGUCUGCCCAGCUGGAGGAGGAGCUGGACUUCAGAGAAGGGGAUGUGAUCACCAUCAUUGGCGUUCCUGAACCAGGCUGGUUUGAAGGGGAGCUGGAGGGUCAGAGAGGCAUUUUUCCAGAAGGCUUCGUCGAGCUUCUGGGGCCCCUGAGGACUGUGGACAAGCCAGUAGGUUCUAGUACCCAAGAUGGGUGCGUAAGUAACGGUGUGGCAGAGAGCCCUCCAGGGGAAGGAGAGGGGGCACAGGAAGAGGACGAAGAGCAACCAGGGCCCUACGGGACCGCCCUCUACAGAUUCCAAGCCCUGGAGCCGAAUGAGCUGGAUUUUGACGUAGGGGACAAAAUCCAGAUUCUGGGGACCCUGGAAGACGGCUGGCUAGAAGGAUCACUGAAGGGCAGGACAGGCAUCUUUCCUCACCGUUUUGUAAAGCUGUGUCCUAACACAAGGGUGCAAGAAACCAAGGGUCUGGCCCAGGGAAGCAGCCGGACCAAGCUCCCUGAGCCACCUUCGGAGAUCUCCGUCGCAGUGGAGGACAAAAGGCUCGACGCGCAUGAGUACAGAGCAGAGAAGUCCAACUGCGCAAUCUCGGACACAUCCGCUUCUCCCCAGGAGCAGCUGGCUUCCGAGGAGGAGACAGACACGUGCUCCCAUCUCCACGAAGCCCUCUUCGGAGAGCCUCCAAGAAGCGCAGGCAUCAGGCAGCGAAAGCCUCUUGCCAGAGACUCUCCCAUGGAUGAUCCUUCGGAAGUGGUCAAUGGGGUUUCCUCCCAGCCUCACGUACCCUUUCAUCCCAGAUUGGAGAAGACUCAGUAUUAUUCCACAAGGAAAGAGGGCCUCCCGAGCUCGGACAAGUCCUCUGAGCCUCUCCCGGCACAAGCUCGGAGUAGAGACUACUCCACCCUACCUCUCAGAGGAGCGUAUUCCCAACUGAGGGGUGCUCACAAGCCAGUGCCCUCCAUUCAGAGCAGCUCUUUGCCCUCGCCCGCUAGGACAGCCGCACCCAGCCAACUGAGUCCUCAGCUCCAGGGCAUGGUGAGGGGUUCUAAAAAGCACCGCAAGCCCAGAGACUACGCUCCCAGCCUGUGGGCUGAACCAGCGAGGUCAGAGUGGCUGCCCGGUUCUGCUGUGCAAGCAGUGGCCCUUGAAGGGGGAGACGGCAGCACCGACCUGGAUUCGAAGUUGACCCAACAGUUGAUGGAGUUUGAGAAGAGCUUGUCCGGGCCAAGCCCAGAACCCGAGAAGCUCGUACACCAGUUUUCAAUCACGGACUUUCACUCUGAGAAGGACAUUGUCUAUGGUUCUUCAAAGCUAAGCCCUCAACAAGAACUGCCCGAGAGGAGGAAGGCCCUGCGGCCGCCACCCCCACGGCCCUGUACCCCCGUAUCCACGUCUUCCCACUCACUGGCGGACCAGGACCUGAAACUUGUGCUCCCCUUGACAGUGCGGCCCUCUCGCCCAGCUCCCUUGCCGCCUUUGGCACAGCCGAGAACAAAUGCAGCGUCCUCUAAGCUCCUGCCUGGUCACCGCCCCAGCUGUGAGACUCUGGAAAGAGGAGAGAGCCCUGAGAAUGUGGAAAAGACUCUGGACCAGACCUCCCAGUGCCCCUUAGUAUUGGUGAAGAUUCAAGAAAUGGACCAGGAUUUAGAUAUGUAUAGCAGGACUCCCGAGGAGCUCAACUUACCGCUGGAGGAGAAGCAAGAGGAGUCCCAGGGGGCAGAGAUGCCCGAGAAUGUCGAGGUCUCUGCGAGCAGCAUGGACAGCUGGAACGUGGAACUCCAGCCCCUGGGAGAAAUGACUCUCCUGUCCUCCCAGUCUUCAUCGCCAGUGACCCCUUCUGCGACUGUGUCCACUGAAAACCCGGAGCAGAGGAUGCUGGAGAAGAGAACCAAGGUGGUCGAAGAACUUCUCCAGACAGAAAAAGACUACAUCCGGGACCUGGAAAUGUGUAUCGAACGCAUCAUGGUGCCCCUGCAGCAGGCGCAGGUCCCAAACAUGGAUUUUGACGGUCUUUUUGGAAACAUGCAGAUGGUGAUUCAGGUCUCAAAGCGAUUACUGGCUGCCCUGGAAACCAGCGAUACUGUAGGAGCCGUGUUCCUGGCUCACCGGCUUGAGCUAGAGGGGACGUACAAGGUCUACUGCCAGAAUCACGACGAGGCCAUUUCGCUGCUGGAGAUCUACGAGAGGGAUGAGAAGAUCCUGAGGCAGCUUCAGGAAUCCUUGGCGGAGCUCAAGAGCCUCUACAACGAGUGGGGAUGCACCAAUUACAUUAACCUGGGCUCCUUCCUCAUCAAACCGGUGCAGAGAGUAAUGCGUUACCCACUGCUGCUGAUGGAGCUGCUGCACACCACCCCGGAGACCCACGCAGACAAAGUGCCUUUAACCAGCGCUGUCCUGGCCGUUAAGGAAAUCAACGUUAACAUUAACGAGUAUAAACGUCGCAAGGACCUGGUGCUCAAGUACCGUAAGGGGGACGAAGAUAGCCUCAUGGAGAAGAUUUCCAAACUGAACAUACACUCCAUCAUCAAGAAGUCCAACCGAGUCAGCAGCCACCUGAAGCACCUCACUGGCUUUGCUCCGCAGAUCAAAGACGAGGUGUUUGAAGAAACAGAGAAGAAUUUUCGAACACAGGAAAGAUUGAUCAAAUCUUUUAUCAGAGACCUGUCCCUCUACCUGCAGCAUAUCCGGGAAUCGGCGUGUGUGAAGGCGGUGGCCGCCGCGAGCAUGUGGGACUUGUGCGUGGAGAAGGGCAACCGAGAGCUGGAGCAGUUCGAGAAGGUGCACCGCUACAUCAGCGACCAGCUCUUCACGAGCUUUAAAGAGAGGACCGAGCGGCUUGUCAUCUCGCCCUUGAAUCAGUUACUGAGCAUGUUCAUGGGGCCCCACAAGCUGGUGCAGAAGCGCUUUGACAAGCUCCUGGACUUGUACAACUGUACGGAGCGGGCCGAGAAGCUCAAGGACAAGAAGACCCUGGAGGAGCUGCAGUCUGCCCGCAACAACUACGAGGCCCUGAACGCCCAGCUGCUGGAUGAGCUGCCCAAGUUCCACCAGUACGCCCAGGGCCUCUUCACCAACUGCGUCCACGGCUACGCCGAGGCCCACAGCGACUUCGUGCACCGGGCGCUGGAGCAGUUGCAGCCGCUGCAUUCAUUACUCAACGUUGCCAGCAGAGAGGGAAACCUGAUUGCUAUCUUCCAUGAAGAGUACACCAGAGUGCUGCAGCAUCUCCAGGUGUUCACCUUCUUCCCAGACGCCCUCCCAGCUACCAAGAGGACCUUCGAGAGGAAAACGGUGGACCGCCAGUCUGUUCGAAAGCCCCUCCUGGGUCUGCCGACUUACAUGCUGCAGUCAGAGGGAUGCCGCGCGUCCCUUCUGGCGAGGUACCCCCCUGAGAAACUCUUCCAAGCAGAGCGGAACUUCAAUGCAGCUCAAGACUUGGAUGUCUCGCUUCUGGAAGGUGACCUUGUGGGUGUCAUUAAGAAAAAGGACCCCAUGGGCAGUCAGAACCGCUGGCUGAUUGACAGUGGAGUCACCAAAGGCUUUGUGUACAGCUCCUUCCUGAAGCCCUACAACCCUCGCCGCAGCCACUCGGACGUGUCCGUCGGCAGCCACUCCUCCACCGAGUCGGAGCACAGCACCUCCUCUCCCCGGGUCCCACGGCAGAACGGCAGCAGCACCCUGACGGUCAACCCCAGCAGCACGGCCGUGACCUUCACCUCAGGGUCUUGCCAGAAGCCACCUCAAGACGCCUCUUCGGCAAAGGAACUUGACCAGGGAGCUGUCCGUACCUCGUUGUGCGGGGGUCACUCAGAGAGCCGCCCUUCCGAUGCAGACCCCGCAUCCCAGCCCAGGCCGUGCGACACUACAGAUGCAGCCAGAGACGCGUCCCAGGCCACGACUGCCCCGAGGAGCCACCGACACUCCCGGCACCCAGAAGUGGCUGUGUACGCUGUACCAAGACGAAAUGGGCCAAGUAAAGACCCCGGAAAAGAGUGUUCGAGACCCCCUCAGCCUGUGGAAGACAAAAAUGAAGAGCCAGAAAGCAGUGAGGCCGAAGGCAACCAGGUCUACUUUGCUGUCUACUCCUUCAAGGCCCGAAACCCCAACGAGCUGAGUGUGUCCGCCCAUCAGAGACUCAAGAUUCUCGAGUUUAAAGAUGUCACAGGAAAUAGAGAGUGGUGGUUAGCUGAAGCCAAUGGGAAGAAGGGAUAUGUUCCCUCCAAUUAUAUCUGCAAAACGGAGUACACUUGAGCCGUUUCCACCUGCCACGCACCCUCGCUGUCUUCUCUUUGUCUGCUGGAGGGUUCAGCCUCCACUGGCGAGAAGGCACCUGCUCUGGGACGUAGGCCCUGCUCACGUUGCUCCGCCGUGACACGGUGGAGCAUGGGUACGUCUGGUCCUCUAUUGGGCUGUGAACCCUGAUGCCCACCAGAAUUUUGAGUGGACCUUGGGCUUGUAAAUGACUUCAUGGCCUUGAGAAGAGAGGGAAGACUUGGGGUUGGUCUGUGGGAACUUUCCAGGCAGAGGUCCAGGAUUGUAUGUCUUCUGAGCACUCUCCUGCUGCAGUAGAGGAGUGUUGGCGUUGGCUACUGCACUGCCCUGAGUCUGGGGCGGCCCUCUGCUCCACGGUCAACUGACCAGAAACCAACUCGGAUGGAAAGAAGACCGGCUCCAGGUGCCCAGGGGUAGCCUGUGAGCCCUCGUAGGGGGUGUUCUGCGUACGGCAAGCAGUUUGUCGGGACUUUACCAGCCUCCAGAACACCUCUGGUACCCCGCGCACAUUCAUGCUCACACACGCCUGCCCUGAGUUCUUUAAGGGCCCUACAUUAGAAGUGCCUCUGCGCUUUCUCUUAUUUAUUUCACUGCACUACCAGAGGGGGCACACCAAGCCUAGCCACAGUCAUGCUCCUCAGAAGUGUGACGGGCCUUUGUUUUCCUCCGACCCUUCAUCCGGACAGCCCUCGUCCUUCCCUGUGUGCCUAGUUCCCUUUCUGCCGGCCGUUGGGACGUCACGCAGCCUGUCUGUGAGGAUAGUCCCCAGCCGCCCCCCACCCCCACCCCCGUGACUCAUGAACUGAUACAUUUUCCUGGGAGAGCAAGUUCAGAGUUCCACUCAAGCCACCAAAAGUAUUAAUUCUGCAGGAAGCCGAAACCAGCAAUACUGGAUGCCUUUCUUCAGGCAGCCCGCUUCUGUUUGCUUCCACCCAUCUUUGCAGGACCCAAAACCCAUGUGCCUCACUGGAAUGAAGCUCGGGAUCCCAGAAGGAGCUGCUCUUAGACGUGGGAAUAAGUAUUUUGCAUUCCAAACAGCCUGAAGUGCCUGGUCGUACCUCUCGCCGGGCUCAGGGAGACGUCUGCCAAUCCUCACAUGAGAAUCGGCUCGAUCUCUUAUUCUUAAGGCGCACCUCCUAGCAGUGAACCCUACCGUAGGGCAGGAGACUCCAGAUUCUAUCUUUUAAGAAAGGAAUUGAAGAACAGCCGGAUGACCCCUACUCCUCCCGCUGCACAUUGGCCUUUAAAAUCUGGGUGAAUUAGGGAUUCCUCCCCACCAUGGUCUCUGCUGGCUGUGGGCAGAUGGCAAUCCAAGUCUCUUGUGAAUAGUGUUUAUAUUUAGAGAUGUUUAUAUUUGAGUAGUUAUUUUAUAAAUAAAAGCAAUUCUAAUGGC